AUGCUCUUCUCUAAAACCUUACUCUACGUCGCCUUCACGGCCACGGUGGCUGCAGUCGCGUUGCCCCCCGGUUUCUUCCAUCCUCCUGUUCACGCCUUCAAGGAUGAAGCCAACGUUGAAGCCGUUGACGCGGAACCCGUCAUUAUUGAGGCUCGGAAUGAGGCUUACAUCGACACCAUCGUCGAAGACUCCGAGACGGAGCCCAACAUCAAGGCCCGGUCUGAGGCUGCCACCGAAGCCAUGGACACGGAGACGGAGCCCCAUAUCGAGGCCAGGGAAGAAGCAGCCAUCGACAAUGUCAUCACUGAACCAGUCAUCGAGACCCGGAAUGAGAUCACCGUUGACGCCGUUGACGUGGAACCCGAAAUCCACGCCAGGAGCGAGCAAACCCUGGACGUCGUCGACGCUGAGCCUAUCAUCCAGGCCCGGAGUGAGAUUCCAGUUGAGGUUGUUGACGCCGAGCCACACAUCGAGGCCAGGUCUGAAGCCAUUGUGGACAACGUUGAGUCGGAGCCUGUCGUUGAGGCCAGCGAGGAGCCUCGCAUCCAAGCAAGAAGCGAGGCCAACGUUGACUGGGUUGACCCCAACAACCACGACAUCAUCGCGCCCAUUACGCCGGCUGAUGAUUGGAAGUACCGCGACAACCUCAACAAGCUCAAGAACAAUGACUGCGGCAUAGACUGCCAGAAGUCCCUAGCCUCAUAUCGUUCGAGGUCUGCCAAGGAGCGCCGCGGAAACUAUGAUCACUACAACAACAAUAAGUACGACUACUCAACUGUCGGAAGGUCGUCGAGAGCUUCGAGGGGCGAACACAACACGCCCGCCGACGACUGGAAGUACCGAGACAACCUGGUCAAACAAGACAACCACAACUGCGGCACCCACUGUGUCGAUUCGCUGAACUCAUACCGGUCCGUGGCAUCCAAGGACUCGAGACUCUCUCGGGAGCGCCAGCAGAACGAGUACUACAACAGCCAUCACACCGGCAACUAUGACCACCCUAGGACGUACGACCGCCACGUCACUGGCAACAACCCCGGUAGUUAUGACCACCACAGCACCACUUACUAUCCAAAAGACCACCAUGCCGCACCAAUCACCACUUACAAGGACCAUUCGUAUGACCAUCCCGUCACGUAUGAUCGCCAUUACAAUGGCAAGCCGUCAUCGAGAGCUUCUCGGGGUGAACAUAAUACUCGCCAGGAUGACAUCAACCACGGGAUCAACCACUACAAAUUGGAUCACCACGACUGCGGGUCACACUGCAUUGAUUCGAUUAAAUCAUACCACUCUGUGGCAUCUGCGGACUCCAAACGAUCGAGGGCAUCCAGGGAGUCUCGGGAAAAGUACGGUAACUAUCAUGGGCACUGA